AACCUUGCGUAGACCAUGGAGAGUUUGUUCUCGCUGCUCUGUUGCCAUUAUUCGCUGCUGAUUUUAUUUCAGCAGAAAUAUCAGGUGUACGGGAACCAUUCCCAGCUCCCCAAACACCCAGGGUUCAAAGUCCUGGCAUCAGCCUCCCACUACUGGCCCCUGGAAGAUGUGGAUGGAAUUCACGAGUUCCGGGACACCAACGGAGCUCUAAGAAUCCACAACUUCACUGUGCUUCCUCCCCAUAACUCUACCUUUGUAAAUACCAAUGACUCUGCCUACUCUAACUUCUCUGCAACUGUAGAUAUUGUAGAAGGGAUGGUGAACAAAGGGAUUUACGUCACUGAAAAGAAAGGAGUCACCUUUCUCUUCUUUGGGAGCUACAGAAAUUCCUGCAUCAGUAAUCCAGAGGCUUGUGGGCCUGAAGGGGUAACGUUUUCCUUCUUCUGGAAGACCCAAGACCAGCAGGCCAAGCUGCUCCCUGCCUCUGGAGGCCGAGUGAUUUCCAGCGGUUUCAAAAUCUGCUCAAACGAAGGCGAGGGCUCCGUGGAGUUCUACACGCGGGGAAAUGCAAUGAUGAAGUGGAAAGCAAGCUUCAGCCCACCAGGUCCCUACUGGACCCACGUGUUGUUCACCUGGCGGUCGAGGGAAGGCCUGAAGGUGUACGUGAACGGCACGCUGAGCACCACGGACCCCGAGGGGAAGGUGUUCUAUGACUAUGGGGACGCCAGCCCUGACCUGCUGGGCACGGAGGGAGCAGCCCCACGCUCCGUCAGCGGCGCCUUCGACGAGUUUGUGAUCUGGGAGAGGGCGCUGAGCCCGCGCGAGGUGCGCCAGUACUUCACUGCUGCUGUGGGUGUGCAAGUGCUGCUCUCUUCAACACUUCCCUGGUCUCUGAUGACAACCACAACAAACCCCUCUCUCCCCACCGACGCCUACCAGCCCGUCCUGGCGGCGCUGAGCCAGCACAGGGGCAGCUCCCCCCCGGCCCUGUCCCUGCUGGGCCACCUGCAGAACGUGUCCUCCAGCCUGCCCAGCAAAGCCCUGGCCCAGCACACGGCCCUGAGCCUGGCCCAGGCAUUUUUAAAAGCUAUUGAAGAUUUCCUGUUACUGUCUGACUGGAUUGAUGGACCAGAGAGCCUCACCGUGCUCAGCAGCCUGAUCCACACCAUCGACACGGUGCUGGCUCACCUGUCCCUGCACCUGGAGGGGAACUCGCUGCCUCUGACCCUCGAGGGCUCCUCUCCUGUGGCAGAUUAUGCUGUGGUCAAAAUGCACCCUCAGAGCCUGAAUGUGUCCCACUAUCGAUUCCCAUCCCGAGGGCACAGCUACGUCUCCAUUCCCAGUGAAGCUUUCCAUGGAAAAGGCUGCAUCACCAUCGUGGGCCUGCUGUACCACAACAUGCAUCACUUCUUUAACAACAUCAACCCCAUGGACACCAGGAUUGCUGGAGCUGCUGCCUACAGGGGCUCCCUGAUCUCAGCCAGCAGCUUCCUCAUCUCCAUCAAGGUGGAGCCUGUGCCUCAGCUGUCCUACAACCUGUCAGGCUCUCCCCUCAUCACCAUCCAGCUCAGCCACACCCUGACGCCCAGGCAAUACAGCCAAGCACUAAAUAAAAGCAACAGAGUUCAUCUUUACUGUGCAUUUCUGGAUUAUAGCAAUGGAACUGGCGUCUGGUCCAGCGAGGGCUGCGUGAGGCAGAGUGGGGACCUCAACUACUCCGUGUGCCUCUGCAACCACCUCACCAACUUCGCCAUCCUGAUGCAAGUGGUGCCUCUGAAGCUGACGAGAGAACACCAGGUGGCCCUCUCCUCCAUCACUUACAUCGGCUGUGCUCUGUCCAUCGUCUGCCUGACGAUCACCCUGGUCACGUUCGCCGUGCUGUCGUCCGUCAGCACCAUCCGCAACCAGCGCUACCACAUCCACGCCAACCUGUCGAGCGCCGUGCUGCUGGCCCAGGCCCUGCUGCUCGCCAGCUUCCAGCUCAGCCCCGCAACCCUGCCUUGCAAGAUCUUGGCCAUUCUCCUUCAUUUUUUCUUCCUGAGUGCGUUUGCAUGGAUGCUGGUGGAAGGAUUUCAUCUUUACAGCAUGGUGAUCAAAGUAUUUGGGUCAGAAGAAAGCAAGCACUUAUAUUAUUAUGGAAUUGGAUGGGGCUGCCCACUGGUGAUCUGUGUCAUUUCUGCCACCUCGUCCCUGGACAGCUAUGGAGAAAGUGGCAACUGCUGGCUCUCCCUGGAGGACGGAGCAAUCUGGGCUUUUGUGGCACCAGCCAUGUUUGUCAUUCUGGUCAACAUUGGCAUCCUCAUUGCUGUCACAAGAGUCAUCUCCAGGAUCAGUGCAGACAACUACAAGGUCCAUGGAGAUGCUAAUGCCUUCAAACUAACAGCUAAAGCCGUGGCUGUUCUCUUACCAAUCCUGGGGAGCUCGUGGAUCUUUGGCAUUUUGGCUGUCAAUGCCCAAGCUUUAGUAUUUCAGUACAUAUUUGCUGUUUUUAAUUCACUACAGGGAUUUUUCAUGUUCCUGUUUCACUGUCUUCUGAACUCAGAGGUUAGAGCUGCCUUUAAGCACAAAACCAAGGUCUGGUCCCUCACCAGUAGUUCAACACGCAACAUCAACGUGAAGCCCUUCAAUUCAGACAUUAUGACUGGGAACAGGCCAGGCACAACCCCCACCAAGCUGAACACCUGGGAUAAAAGCAGCAAUUCAGCAAACCGCAUUGAUUUAUCAGCAGUGUGACAGGAGCAGCAGCUCCUCAGAGAAAACCAAGCCACACAUUCAGGACCUCCACACCGUGUCCACCAGCUGUUCCUGUCACUGCCAGUGACAGCAGAAAACUGGGUUUUAAAUCACUGCCUAAUGAAUUGGGAAUUGCCAUGUUGUUCUGUUGAGUAAAUAGCCCUCGUUGCUUGCCUUCAAAACUGUACCACGUUCUAGCACUUGGCUAUUAGCAAUAUCUGUAAAAAUGACCAGCACAAAUAUACACUGGAUGGUUUUGUCAGCAAUGAUGAAAACCCUAGGUAUGCAAGAAGGGCUUAUUGCUCCCUGAAUCAUUCCAGCUCCCAGAACUGAGGGAAAGCAACAUACCUCUGAAAAGAUGGGUUUUUAUGCUCUAAAAUGAAAUGCUUCCCAUUGUGAUGUUGUAAUGAGACUAUUCCAGGCUUGCUGUGCUCUCUCUGUUUACAUUUUUUACCUUACAGAAUUAUCAAA